AUGUUCGCUGUGCCCGGCUGGUCCGUUUCCGCGGACGCACUCAAGUCCGAGACAGCCUCUGCCCGCGGGCCGUCAAGCACAAAAUCCAAAAAGCGCAAGAGGUGCAACAACAACUCCCGCGUCGAAUCGCAAAGCAUCACCUCUGCCAAUGUAGCAGAGUUAUACGAAGCGGUUGUAGAGGGCAAAACAAAGCCCCCCUCCAGCAACCAAGACAGCAAGGACAGCGCCAAUUCCGCAAAGCGUGCAAAAAAGGACAGGAAGACGACCAAUGCAGCCGACCGAGACGGUCAACGCAAGAGCAGCAGACGGGACAAGAAAACGGACAACAAGGACAAGGACCAACGCGCGAAACCCGCCAGCGAGACUCAGCAGUCCGGGCCGUCCAAGACGUCAUCGCCAAACCCCGCCAAACCAGGCACCACCGGCACAGCGACCGCUCUCGCGCAAACAUCCCUCCCGCCGGCGACCUCGAAACUGACUCCCCUCCAAGCCUCCAUGCGGGAGAAGCUCAUAUCCGCACGCUUCCGCCACCUCAACGAAACGCUGUACACACGGCCGUCAGGAGAGUCGUUCACGCUCUUCCAGGACUCGCCCGAGAUGUUCGCCGAGUACCACGAGGGCUUCCGCCGGCAGGUCAAGGUGUGGCCCGAGAACCCCGUCGACAGCUUCCUGUCCGACAUCCGCAGCAGGGCGAGGGCCAAACCCGCCGCCAAGGGAAGGCCGGGACCCCCGCCCUCCCGGCGGAGCAAGAUGCCUCUCCCCCGGACCACGGGCACAUGCACCAUCGCGGACCUGGGCUGCGGCGACGCCCGGCUCGCCGAGGCGCUGCAGGGCGACAAGUCGAGACUGCGGCUGGACGUCAAGAGCUUCGACUUGCAGUCGCCCAGUGCGCUGGUCACGAGGGCGGACAUCGCCAACCUGCCGCUCGAGGACGGCUCGGUCAACGUGGCGAUUUUCUGCCUGGCGCUCAUGGGCACCAACUGGCUCGACUUUGUCGACGAGGCCUACCGCAUCCUCCACUGGAAGGGGGAGCUGUGGAUUGCCGAAAUCAAGUCCCGCUUCGGGCCGGCCCGCAGGAACACCGUGGUCGAGCACUCUGUUGGGAACCGCAAGAAGAACAACGCGGCGCCCGGCAAGAAGGUGAAGGCGGCGCGGGACGCGGAAGCAGACGCUGCCCACGGAGAGGAUCUGGCCGUCGAGGUGGACGGGCUGGAGGACAGGCGCCGCGAGACAGAUGUCAGCGCGUUCAUUGAGGCGCUCAAGAAAAGAGGCUUCGUUCUGCACGGCGAAAGGGCCGAGGCUGUCGACUUGAGCAACAGGAUGUUUGUCAAGAUGCAUUUCACAAAGGGCGCCUCGCCGACAAGGGGCAAGGGGGUCAGGACCGAGGAUGCGUCCGAGAUGGCGGCGUAUAGGAAAAACCAGGGCUUUGCGCCAAAGUGGGAUGAAGAUGGGGACGCAGAGAGGAGCGGUGAUGAAGCGUCAAUCUUGAAACCUUGCGUAUAUAAGAUUCGGUAG